AUGUCGUCAACCAUAAUCUCGAACGACAACCCCUUCCAACCCCUCCUAACAACAACGAACAACAACCCGGAAACCCUCCAAACACACUACACAACCCACCGCACAACGCGCCAAAAAUCCCAAACCACCAAACUCCUCGCCCCCGACUUCCACGGCUUCACCAUCGACCCCAUCCUCCGACGCCUCGCCGGGCCCGAACAGGAACCAGACUACGUUGACCCGCGCAACUGCCUCACCGUCUGGGCACGCCCACCGCAACACAUCCGGGACCUCAUACGCUCCAUCCAGACGGAUCUGCAAGACGUGGCGCCCGACGCCUGGUUCAUGCCGCCCGAGAGCCUGCACACCACCGUCCUGGAAAUCACGCACUCUGUUUCUGCGGAGGAGAUUGAGGGGUUGGUGCGCUUGCUUCGUGGGGCGGGGGGCGGGGCUACGCUUGCUGAAAUACGCGGGUUAGCGGGGGUGAAGCCGGUGGGGUUGGUGAGGCCGAUGGUUUGUUUCGAUGGGGCGGGUGUUGCGGUUUGUUUUUUGCCUGGUAUUACUUCUGCUUGUCGGGGUGGGGGUCAGGGUGGCUCUGCGCAGGAGGACGGCGCGCACUACUCGUAUCACCAUCUGCGGCGCGAUGUGUUUGAGCUGGUGCGCGGCGCGGGGCUGCCUGUUGCGUCGCGGUAUAUUGUGCCUUCGGCGCAUGUGACGAUCGGUCGGUUUGUGAGUGAUCGUUGGUUCAAGGGGGAGGAUGGCGGGGUGGAUCGCGAGCGUGUAGCGGAGUUUGUGCGGAAGGUGGAGGAGGUGAAUGAGCGGUUGGAGGGCUCUGAGUGCGAGUGGGUGGUUGGGGGCGAGGGGGAUCCUGGGUUGGUGGUUAGGAGGGGGCGGCUUUGGUAUGGCGGUGGUGAGGAUGUAGUCUGA